AGCAAAAGAAAGUGUUUGUGCGGAACAAGUGAGUUUGGAGAGAUAUUUCUUUGAACUCAGUGGAUCUGUGAGUGUACUGAACUUACAUUUGGACAGUACCGCUGAUAUGGAGCCCAGACAACAGGGUUUAUUGGACAAAGAACCUCUAAAGGAAGUGGACGAGGAUAUGGUGUCAGAGGUGGAUCUCAACAACACUAUCACAGAAGAGGAGCGAGAGGAAAUGCAGAUUGAACUGGCUAAGUUAGAGGAGGAAAUCGUUACUUUAAAGCAAGUCCUCGCCUCCAAAGAGAAGCGCCACUUGGAGUUGAAACAGAACCUGGGGAUCACACCAUUGAGUGAACUACGACAGAACUUCAGCAAAAGCUGGUACGAUAUGCAGACUAGCACAGCAUACAAAAAGACCUCUGAGACUCUGAACACGGCAGGGCAGAGAACAUCUGCAGCCUUCAGCAACCUGGGCACUGUCAUCAGCAGGAGGUUUGGAGACAUGAGGUCACAUUCUGUUGGCUAUUCUAUGCACCAUUCAAUGAGUAUGCCUGCAAUGAGGAACUCAACUAGUUUCAAGUCCUUCGAGGAGAAAGUUGAAAGCACAGUUUCUAACAUCAAGUCAAAGGUUGGAAGUACGGGAGGUGCAGGCAGUUUUGAAGAGGUCUUGUCAUCAGCUGCCAACGCCAGUGCCCAGGACACCCCUACAAACCUCAUAACUGAAAGCAGCGAGCGCACAUGCUAAGAGUAUUGACGCAGUAUACCAGAUUACACAUGGAACACUGAUGCCCUCUAGAGGUCUGGAGACCACAGUGCGAGGUGAAAGUGCUAAAAUGGCACUAGGGGUCCAAAAUAGGGUAAUGCAUGCCUUUCAGAUGUUACAUUUGUGUGCUGAAAUAUUUAUCCAAAAUAUUUCAUAACUAUUGAAUGGAAAGAAAACAAUCAAGUGGAGCACAUUUAUCUAUAACUCUUGGUCAAAACAUGUAUAUUUAUUCAAGAAGGCUGCAUUUAACAAAGCAAAUAUUAAUGUCCUGCUAUACCUUUGUCAUUAAUUUAUACUAACUCAACAUUGUGUGACUGUAACAAACCUUAAGACAUUUCCAGGAGAAAAAAUAAUUACUGUUUAUCCAAAAGAUCCUGAGAGAGGCACUUGAGAAUGUUUAACAAAAACUGAUGUCAGACCUACUAUUUAAAUAUUUUUUAUUUCAUUUAUUUGUUAAUUGUCUUAUUCUUACUGUUUACCCCACAACUAGAGCAUACAUAUGCUGAUUAUUUAGGUUUUAUGUUUCUCAGUGAUGGCUUUAAAUUUAUAUUGUUAUGAUGUAUUGGCAAUAAUAAUUGUCAAUGGCCAAAAAUGUAUAGCAUUACUUUUAUUCUGUUUUGUCUUUUCUUUAUAAAUAUUAUAAACCUUUGGACCCACUUAAUGGAUUUAACUUUGACAUUGAGGUCAGUUGUUCUUUUAAAUAACAUGUUUUUAACUAACUUCAAGUACUCAGUGUUGAACUUGACCUGUUGUUGGCAUAACUUUUGCCAUUAAACUAUUUUUGCAAAGUCACCAAGUCCUGGACCAUUAGUCCUGAAAUGAAGGUGAACUGGCCCAUAAUCACGAAACCAUAACAUUAACUUUACUGUGCCUUUGUGCUUAUUGGGAGUAGUCUUUCAAAAAUGUUCAUAAAAUAGAUGUCACUAAAAGUGUAUGGGUUUCUUUAAGAGAUUUGAACAUUUCUGUAGUUCCUGCUUGGAAUAGUUAACCCCAAAAUUGAAAUUCUCUCAUCAAUCAAUCACCCUCAUGCCAUCCCAGAUGUGUAAGGUUUUUAGAAGAAUAUUUCAACUCUGUAGGUCCUUUUAUUGCAAGUGAAUGGUGGCCAGAACUUUGAAGGUCCAAAAAGCACAUAAAGGCAGCAUAAAGGUAAUCCAUAUGAUUCCAGUGGUUAAAUCCAUGUCUUCAGAAGCAAUAUUAUUACUAUUAUGGAUUACUUUGAUUCUGCCUUUAUGUGAUUUUUGGAGUUUCAAAGGUCCUACAGAGCUGAGAUUUUCUUUAAAUAUUUACAUUUGUGUUCAGCAGAAGAAAGAAAGUAAUACACAUCUGGGAUGGCAUGAAAUUGUGUAAAUGAUGAGAGAAUUUUCAAUCUAAUCCCCGGGAACUACUUGGUGAUGGUCAGGAAGUUUAUUACAUUUCUGUUUGAGUACUUAAACUGAAAAUCUGUGUGCCCCUGUUCUUUCAUAGCCUGCUACUCCACCAAGUCUAUUAAAAGCUACAAAUUAUUGGCAAACAGAUACAAUUAAUGACUUCAAUAUGAGUGCAUGCAAUUGUGCUCAUCACCAAAAUGCAGAGAGAGUAUUCAGUGGGCAUAGUUAAGCAUGAAUUCUUGAAGGCAGUGCAAUGCUGAUCAACAUACUGUGAGCAAAAGACAACACACUGUU